AUGCACCUACCCGUCAAAGAGAAGCUGGAAGUGCCAGUAGCAACUCAGAAAACAGACACAGGACUUACACCAGGCUUUCUAAAGAGCCUUCAUCAACAGUUUGCACCUAAAGAAAUCAUUACAAAAGAGGAGCUUCUUCAGAAGUGGAAAGGCCUGUGCUUGCCUAUGGAACAGCUCGACACAAUCCUUGCUCUUAGCAUCUUCAGUGAAAAUCUCAAUUGGAUGCAGUUUUUUGCUUUAUGAUGCAGCACUUUGGUUGGGACCAUCACAAGUGCUUUGAAACAUGCUUGUGAAAUACUCACAGAGGACCCUGAGGGUGGUGCAGCCCAGAUUCCUUUCGACACAUUUCAGUCUCUCACAUACUUGACCCAUCUGGAUGGAGAAAUUCCUAAAGAACAGAUCAACAGCUUCUUGCAUAGUUUAGAGAAAGAAUGCCAAGGAGGAAUGGAGCAACCUUCAAAUUUGACCAGCCUCCACAGUGCUGAGUAAAAUCCAGUACAAAUAGUCCUCAGGUGGUGAUAUCUCAACAUGCUUCAAAACUAUUGAUCCUUGUUACUUGAUAUUGUGUUUGCCAUCUUUAUACUUAUAUUGUGUUAUGAUUUGAUUAUUUAAUCCAAAUAAAUCCUUGAAUCUCAAAUCUAGGCUGCCUGGAAUAAUGUUGUGAAAGUGAAAGACCAAACAAGGCUUAUGGAAUAUUAGGUGCUUAUGUGAGCCUAAUGAACUUUCAGUAGUGAUUGUGAUUACAGAAGUUCCAUUGAUACUAUAGGUUGGGGUUUUUCAAAAUCCACCUUACCAUCGUGGUUUUCUGUUUGAAAGAAACUGUAUUCUGUAUGUCCUUCUAACACUCACAAAUAUUAUUUUUUAUAUUGGAAACAAUGACAUGAACCAGAUCACAUUUUUGUCCUUGCGCUGUACCACACAUUUGUCUUGUGUUUCAGAGAAGCAGUGGCACUGCAACAGGCAACAGUAGUUUGAUUAAUUGCCUUUUUGGGGAUGGAAAGAGGCUGUGUACCAAUUUGGAACCAAAUGGAGCAACCUUCACAGACCUGUUAAUGAAGGCUAUUCUCAACAUUUUGUCUGAAAUGAACUGAUUACCCAUCAGUCAGCAAGGUUAUUUUAAAUCAACAGCCCUUUCUGAAUGAUGAUGCAGUCUCAACAGUCUUUAUGAAAAAAUAUUUCCAGCAAGCAUAAUCUAAAACUGUUUUAUUAGAAUCUGAUUUGUUGUUUGAUACAGGCCGGGACAGGUAAUAUCAAAGCUUGCCGGUCAAGGAUCUAUUCAGGUGCUUUUGGAUGAUUUAAAGAAGACACCAGAUGAACUUUACUCAGCAUGAAGUUCUCUCUUCUUGAUCGGCUCGUGAGGAUUUAUUAACCUAAGCAGGCCAGAGUGCUGAGCUAAUGUAAUUGUCUAAGCCAAAGUAGCCAAGGAGCAGCAUGGCAUCUAUCAUUUCUAAUAAAGAUGAAAGUCGUUUCCCUUUUCCAUCUCUCACUUACAAUUCACUCCUAAUGAGGCCGAUUCUCACAAACCUGCAGCAGUAUGCAUUUCAAAUUCAAGUGAGUAUAGUCAUUUUUGGA